CUGGUGUAACAGAUAUUUCUGUAAAACUUAUCCACGACAACCUUUUGUUCGUUAAGUGCUGUUGCACUUCAACACUCGCAACCGUCCAUCAUGGCACCCCAGCCUAGCAUCAGCUUUGUUUCGGCGGCGCUCGCUACGAUGCAGCCGAAGCAAGAGAAGCCAGCUAUGCCGGUGCCGUCUGCUCUGGGAACCGCUUUGAAUACGGUUCCUCUUAGCAAGAUGGUUGCGGCCAGCGCUGCAGAGCCAGCAAAGAAGAUCCAGCUUUACAGCAGUGAAUACUACUGGACUUGCGCGCUGGGUGGUGUUGCGAGCUGCGGUCUCACCCAUAUGGGUGUAACACCGUUGGAUGUCGUCAAGUGCAAUAUCCAAACGAACCCGACGAAGUACAAGGGCAUCGGAAAUGGCUUCCGCGUCCUUGUGUCGGAGGCGGGCGUGGCUGGCCUUUUCAAGGGCUGGGUGCCCACCCUUAUCGGCUAUUCUGCUCAGGGUGCUUGCAAGUUUGGCCUCUAUGAGUACUUCAAGAAGACCUACUCUGACAUGGCCGGUGAGGAGCUUGCGAAGAAGUACCAGAGCGCAAUCUACCUUGCGGGUUCGGCCAGCGCUGAGUUCUUUGCCGACAUCGCGCUGUGCCCCUUCGAGGCGGUCAAGGUCAAGGUCCAGACCGUGCCAGGGUUUGCUCGUGGUAUGGCCGAUGGUUUCCCCAAGUUCGUUGCUCUGGAGGGCACGGCCGGCCUGUUCAAGGGCCUCAAGCCGCUGUGGGGCCGCCAGAUCCCUUACACCAUGAUGAAGUUCGGCGCGUUCGAGAACACGGUGCAGCUGCUGUACAAGCAUGUUGUGCCCAAGCCGAAGUCUGAGUGCUCCAAGUCGGAGCAGCUUGGCGUGUCGUUUGCCGCCGGCUACAUUGCUGGUGUCUUCUGUGCCGUCGUAUCGCACCCGGCCGACAACCUGGUGUCGAAGCUUAACGCCCAAAAGGGCGCAACGGCUGGCGAUAUUAUCAAGGAGAUGGGCUGGUACGCCUUGUUCACCCGUGGUCUCGGCCUGCGUAUCAUCAUGAUCGGCACCCUGACCGGGCUACAGUGGGGUAUCUACGACGCCUUCAAGGUGUCGUUCGGCCUGCCGACCACCGGUUCGGUCGAGGAGAAGAAGAAGUAGACAGUGGUCGUUUGAUGAAAUGCCGUGCGUGCGCUCGGUGUAUAACAGAAUAGUAACGACCUGACUUAUACAAUUAGAGAGUUUCGAGCGGAGCUGUGGUGUGGCUGUUGGUGAUUGCAUACUGUUCAACUAUUCUUUCUGUGCGGGUGUGUAGGUGUUUUGUUUGGUACGUCGGGUGUACUGCAAUGAAUUGCAUGUGGCUGCUUAACAAUCUGAGUCAUAACAGCUCUAAUGCACCAAUGUCGCGGAUUUAGAAAGCUGUGCUGGGCUAAAUACUAAACGCGACAUUCGCGUAAGCGACUUCUCAUUUGUAAGGAAAUUUGAGGCGAAG